AUGUCUGGAAAAAUAUUAAAAUCACUGUUAAAAUCUUCAAAAAUACGGAUGAGUUGGUCAAAACAAAAUUUAUAUAAAUUGUCAAGGAAAAUAAUGCCUAUUCAGGGAAGAACACUUAGUAAACAAAUAAUAUCUGCAAAAAAUGAGACACGUGCUUAUCAUGGUGAAAUGUUACGUGAGCAUCAGUGGCGGAGACUUUUUAGUCUUAGUGAAAUAGAAAAAAGAAAAACAAAGGAAUUAUCUGCAAUAAAUCUAUAUUCUAUUCUUGAGAGACGAAUAGAUACAAUUAUUCAUCGUGCAUUGUUCGCAUCAAGUAUAAAACAAGCAAGGCAGAUGGUAAUUCAUGGGAAAGUUAAAAUUAAUGGAAAAAGAGUAAGGGACCCUGGAUAUUUCUUAGAACCUGGGGAUAUGUUUAGCGCAGAUGUGAUUACAGUUAUGAGAAAUACAGGUUCUCACGAAAUGUUCCAAAAUAAAUCUUUAAAGGGCAACAAAUCAUUAAAGAAAAUUGAGCCAUAUAUACCACGGCCAUAUAUGAGCCCAUUUUCAUUUGUCCCUGUAUAUUUGGAGGUAUCUUAUUUAACAUGUUCUGGUAUUUAUCUUCGUCAUCCAAAAUCACGACUAGGUGUAUCAGAAAUACCAAGUCCUUUUUCUUCAGACGAAAAAGAAAUAUAG